AUGCAGAGUUACAGGUUUCGUUUACCAGGCCUCCAAAAGGCAGAAGAGGGCAAAAAAAAUCAAGUGCUGGAUUAUCUGGAAGGUUUGUUUGGCUCGACUAGAAGAAAGAAUUCAAAAAAUGCAUCCCCAGCGUCUUUAAGCCAAAGCAAUUCCCUGGAGGAAGCUCCUCCCUUGAGAAGGGACUUAAGUCAUACAGGGGAGACCACAAUUGUAGGGGAAAUUCCUGAAUCAGCAACAUCCUUGAUUUCGCAAGACCACAGGCGUGAAGGAGUGACAGAAACUAAAGCAGCUGUCCAAGACAGAGCAGAGAUAUUGCCUGGCUCCCCAGAAGAAAAGGACCUAAUACCAGGUGUUGGUAAUCCAGACAAGCCAUCAGUGAGUUUACCCCAAAAGAUUGGGUCAGCAAAUAAAAAUAUCAUAAUAGCUGAUGUCAACCAGCAGAGCACCAACAGUGAAACUGAGAAACAAGCUGGACCUGAGUGUGCUAGAGAACAAUUAGCUCCAACAUCUGUUGGUAGAAAGCCAGAGAAAGAAUUUGAAGGCAAUGUGUCAAAUGUCUGUGGAAACACUUUGGUAAAUAAAGAGGAUACUUCAUUACCUAAAGUCUGUGCAGAUGCAUGUUUGUUCUCAGAUGACAGAAGUGUUAAGGAAUGUGGGAUUGGUGAACUUGAUACCCACUCUAUUAAUGAAAACAUAUCCCAGAUUACAAGGCAAGUAAAAGACACUGAAUUUGUAAAUAGUGACAGGCUAGUUGAAAGUCAAUAUGACUGUGAAACCAUUGCUAACUGUGUAGAUAUUCCAGCCAUAAAGGAAUGUGUUUUACCAAUUUCUGAGACUCUAAGGGUUGAGCAGGUAGCUGACGUUAUUGAAAUCGAUGUGCAUCCUCCCAAAAUCCAAGAAAAUGCAAAUGUAACCUUGUCAGAAGCAUCUGUUUCAUUACCCAUUGACAAUAUUAAUGUGAAACUGAAUGUUUUAGAAAGAACUUUGAAAAAUGCAGAAACUGUUCAGUUGAACCAUUCUGUGGCUCAAGGAUUUAAAACUGAAACUGCAAACUGCAAUAUUCCUCAAAAAGUAUUGUGUGAUUCUACUUUGAAAAAACAACAGAAUUCAUCCGAGAAAGACACAUUCACACAAGAUACUAAAAAAAGCCAGGUGGCAGAGGGAGGAAUUGUUCCUCACAUUUGUGAAGGUGCAGAAGCCUUACAUGACAUUGAACAAUUAAGAACAAGUAACCCGUCAGUUGAAAAUCAGAACAGUGUGGUGGAAUCAGAAAAAAAUACUGAUAAAACAGUUUACUGCUCUCUCAAUGGCAGAAUAAAUUUGAACAACACAGCUGAAAAGUCAACUGCUUUGCUGUCUGAGUCUAUUGAAAUGGAUAAAAAAUCUCCUACAGAAGCCAAACGAGGUAAAAGAAAGGGAAAGAAGAGGAGAUCGCUGAAAUCUGAUCAGCAGUCUGAUAGAGGUACUGGAAGUGCAGAUACUAAUACAUUUGAAGAGGAAACAAAAGGAAUCGAUUCCAAUAAUCCCAACAAGAGGUCUUCUGAAGCUUCAGCUGAAACCACCUCCUUACCAAAGCAAAGUACUCCUUCUUUGUUGCCUCAUCAAACACUAUCAAAAUCUUUUCCAGCCAAUGAAGAAUCUGCACAAUUCUUAAAGCCAGCUACAUCAAGGAAAAAGAAUUCAAAACAGGUGCCUUGCAAUCCAGCUUCAGGUAACCAAGUCAAGUCUUCUUUGGAAAAGGCCCCAAAUACAGAUAGUGGAUUCUGUGGUUCUGAAAAUGUCAUAUCAACAAGCAGCACUGCCUCACAAUCUGGUCAAAAAGUUGAAAAACAUAUUGCUCCAGAAAAUUUUGAUACUAGCUUUGGUACUGUAGAUAAUAGAGCUGUUGAAGGUUCUGCAAGUAAUGAGGAUUUCAUAUUUUCUUUACAAAGUGCAAAUACAAAUGAACUAGGGGAAAAUUCGGUUGCUUUAAACUCUGCAGAUCAAAACAAUACCAUUGCUUCAAUUAGCCAAAUAUGUAAUCAGCAAAAGAUGGAAAACUCUAGUUUGACUGAGCAUGAACAUAGUGCUGACCUGAGAAUACUGAAAACUCCAGAAAUUAAUGACUUGGAAGGAACGAAUAUCGACCGUAAUACAGUUACCUCACAACUAUGUUCCACAGUCACUACAAAAAUAAGACUUCGAGCAACUGGAAAGGAAGAUAAAUCUGGCAAUUUGAUCACUAUAAACCAACAAGGACCCUGCACUGAAACAAGAACUGAGGAGGAAGAAACCAUUAGAAUUACUCUUCUAAAAAAACAGAAAGCUACAAGUCACCACCAAGUCGAUUUCUUUGCCACCAAGGAUCUGCCUUUAGGCUCAACGGACAGCAAAAGAUAUAUUGGUAGCCUAACGAUACAACUGAACAAUAAAUGUGACAAAGAAGCAGUUGACCGUGCAACUAAUAUUGGCCAAAAGAAGCCACAGGCUCCCAAACAUGUAGAGGUGGAUGAUAGUGACACAAAGCACAUUUCUGCAGAAGACCACAGAAACAAAGAACUGAAAACCACAAGUGCCCCUAUUGAAAAGAGACCUUUAGAAAUGGUUCCCAAUGCACAAACUGGUAGACCAGAAGAAAGUAGCUCACUUGGAGUGGUUUCUUCAGAAUCAUGUACAAACCCUGGUGUGAAAGAUCAAUCAUUUUCUAUGGAUAGGCUUACUUCUGGAAUGACUUCACAAGAAAUUGAUGCCCCCAUUAAAGGUGCUGGAGAACACGUGGGUCAUUUAGCUGCAGCCAGCAGUGAUAUUGCCCGAUCUGUACCAUUGACUGGAGCUGAAUUGCAAAGUAGAGAAAUCAAAGUAAAGACAUCGUUACCAUUAAGUGUACGGAUUUAUGAAAGCACAGAAUCUGAAAUUGAGAGUGUUGCCCCCACACAGAAUAUUAAUGAGCAAAAGACUAUGCAAGGUGAGGCACAAAAUGAGCAUGUCCAGCCUGUUCAGCAAAACCCACUCAUUGUAGAAAAACAUGACAUUAAAGUUAAGGACACAGCAUCACCGCAGAAAGUUCAAACAUCCCCAACUCCAGUGCCUGAUAUCAAAGACAUGAAUGUGGUCCAAAAGUAUACAGCAGGCAAUGCAAUAGUUGAAACUGCUCAACAAAGUCCACCAAAACCUCAACGUGGAGAGAUAAAUGAUAUAACUUCACUUGAGAGCACACAAAUAUCUGAAACUACAGUUGAUGUUGGGAAGGAAGUAUCUGCAAAAAGUGAUGGGAAAAUGAUACCUGAAUCAGGGGCAAAAAAGGGUGAAUUUGCUCAGAAUAUUUCACCGUUGCUGCAAAAUAGAGAUUCCAAAACACAGAAUGCACUUCCUCAGCCUGAACAAACACGUAAAAACACUGUGUCUGAAAUAGAAAAGGGCUCAAACAUAAACAUUACGAAUGAGCAGGAAAGCUUGGGUUUGAUAGUAGUUGAAGGUGCCUUACCAGUGCACUUAAGUUCAACACAGACACAACCAAGAAACCCUGACAGAGGAGCCACAAAACCUCACAUUGUAGAAGUGUCAAAAAUAGAGGAGGAAAAAACAGGCACAGAUGAUGUUGUUCAACCUUUGCAAAAUAGCACAAUAAACUCAACAUGUAAGGAAAAAGAAAUACAUGACAUACAAACUUUGUUGGUAGAAGCCUCUAAAAUUGCAAUGCAUGAAAUUAAGAUAAACACCCCUUCAAAUAUUGCUAGUAACACCGAGUUGGGUUCAAAUGAAGCAAAAGGGGAGAUUGAACUAUCUUUACAACAGAACAUGCCUCUACUACAAAAUAAUGACAGCGCAGUAAAAGUGACAGUAUCACCAGACGCUGAAAAUAAUAACAAAAUGUCUGCAAACAGUUUUAAUGAAUUGAAUACUUUGACCAGUGAUGACCUCAUCCUACCUGUACAAAAAGGGAUGGCCGAAAUGCAAUGUGGAGGAUCCAAAGUAAAAGACAUAGAAGCUGCUUGUUUGGAGACAUCUACCACAACGUCUGAAGUGAUGAAGGUUGCCACAGAAAAUGGUACUAAUGAUACAGGCACUGGUUCCACUGCAACAAGAGGAGUGUUUUCCCUACCUGUAGAGCAAUACACGUCUUUGUUAGAAAAUAGAAACUUUGAAGUUAGAGAGGAAAUCUUGACCCAGAGCCUAGAAACAGCCAAGAGCACUGGAGCCAAAACGAAUAAGAAUUCUUCUACAAUUGAGCAAAGGCCUAGUUUAGAGUCUGCAAUAAACAAUUUUGGUCUACCUAUCUUAUCAAGCACACCUAAAGUACAGCAUAAAGAGAUGGAACCAUGGAGAGCAGUAUCAUUUUCAAAUGUGGAGGCAUCCGCAGGAAACAUGUCCAGACCAGAAGCUGCCCAAUCAGCAAAUUUCAUUGCAAAACAUUCUCAGCUAGGUGCAACAACAAAUGAAUUUUCUCUGUCUGUCCAGAAUGUAGGAGAAUUGCAACCCCAGGAUGUUAUGGUCCAAACAUUCGUAGUUGACGAUAUGUGGAACACUCGAGCAACUGUCAAACCAAAUGUAGACCUGGCUUCAUCAGCAGAAGGCUUUGCAUCAUCAGUAGAACAAAUAGCCUCAAAUUCUGAGGGGGGAAGAGGAAUUAACUUUUCAUUCAGUGAAGGAAGUAGUUUAGAUAGCUCUUCUGAUAUGGAUAGCUUUACAGAAACAAUUCGGAAAUAUGGCAAUCCCAUUCAACUGCCUCAAAAGAGGCAACGAGUUCCUAAAGUGCCUUCAGUGCCACCAUUUGCCAUGCCACCAAUCCAAGAAGACCAUACAUCACCAAAGAAGGAGAAAACAUUUGAUUCAACAUCAUUCAAAUUUGGUUUAAUGAAAAAUAAACAUAAAAGCGAGCCACCUUCCUCUCUGUUCAAAAUGCACCAAAUUGAAACGAAGUCCAAAGUAGUCAAACGUGUAUCUGCAGAACAGAGCUUGCUUUUUAAAUCUCUUGCAAAUAAAAGCUCACGUUUGGGUUUACCAAAACCGCAAAAGGCAGCAAAUGAUCUUGCUUCUGAAUCAAGCAGUAAAAGAUCACGUUUAGAGAUUGAUGAGAUAACUACACAAAAUUGCAAACCGUCCACUGAAGCUGUGAUGGAACCUGCUGAUCUCACACCAUUUCCAAAAAAUGAUGUUGUUCAAGGAUUUCAAUUUGAUUUGUCAAAUUCAACUUUUCCUGAAACCCAGCUGCCAAGCUUUAUGAAAAACUAUUUGAAAUCUAACACUUCUGAGAUAGAAGAGAAACCUGCUGAGUCAGAACAACAAUCAGAAAAUGGAUUAACUAUCCCUGACAUAAAACACAAUUUCUUGGAAAGUAAUACCGAUUUUACAAACAUAUGUGCAAUUGACAGUACACUUGCAUUACAAGGAUCAAACACUAUAGAUGGCAAUCAAAAUGCCUCAAGCUUAUUCAAUACAGACCUGUUCACUCCAAAGUCAGUAUUGUCUAAUCUUCCAGAAGUUGGGAUACCUGGAACAAGAGACUCAGCAUUGAAUUCUAGACCUGGAAAGAUUGUCAUCUAUGAUCAGAACAGACUGGGUGGAGAAGCUAUUGAAGUCUUCCAUGAUGUUGAAGAUGCUACCUCUUGGCAGCUGUCCUCUGAAAUUUUCCUGAGGGUAGUAAGAGGCUGUUGGAUCCUUUAUCAAAAGCCUAACUUUGAAGGUGAUAAAAUUGCAUUGGAAGAAGGUUUCUUGAAUCUUGCAGAUAUUUGGGGAAAGGAGAUGACUGAAGACAGUUGUGAUGAUACAUUAAUAUCUACUCCUAAUGAGUGUUUGAUUGGCUCUUUAGGAAGAAUAGUCAAGAAAUGGGGUUUACCAGAAAUAGAUUUAUGCACAGAAUUAGGUGGUCUGGGAAGGAAAACAACAUACAUCGAUGACAUGGAAGAAAUAGAAACAUAUGGUAUUGUGGAGCCAACACUAUCCAUUGAAGUAUAUUCGGGCACUUGGCUUCUAUUUGAAGAGCCUUUCUAUCAAGGAAAUUCGUACAUUGUGGAACCUGGUCAAUAUCCUUCUCCAGAAUCUUGGUAUGCAGUGAAUCCAUUCAUAGGCUCGCUGAAACCAUUGAAAAUGGGCCCAUUGAAAGUGGAAAAGAUUAAUGACAACAGAGUUAUUGUGUAUGAAAAGCCUUUCUUUGAAGGCAGACAGCUGGAACUCAAAACAGAUAUAUUCAGCUUUGUUGAAGAAGUUGGAGAAUCGGCUUUGUGCCACACUUAUCCAUUUACAAAUAUUGGCUCGAUGAAAGUUUUAGGAGGAUUUUGGGUUGGUUAUGAGAAGCCUGGGUUUCAAGGCCAUCAAUAUGUUUUAGAAGAAGGCGAGUACCGAACGUGGAAUGAUUGGGGAGGCUACAAUGAGCACCUCCAAUCUUUGCGGUUUAUCCAGAUCAACACAUCAACUCCAGUCAUGAUAAUGUAUCGUGAAGCAAAUUUCUCUGAGAAAGGUGAGAAUAUUGAAGUAUUGGGACCCAUUCCAGACUUGCAAGAUACCGAUUAUGGGUUGAGGACAGAGUCUAUAAACGUGCUCAGUGGAAUCUGGGUUGCGUAUGAGAAUACUGACUACACAGGUGAACAGUAUGUUCUGGAGAAAGGACUUUACAGUAGCUUGGAAGACUGGGGCGCGAUAAGUUCGAAAAUCUCCUCUGUUCAACCUGUUCUCUUGGAUAUUGAGGACAGUGAACUUUCUAAGUUCAAGGUGCAAUUUUUUUCGGAGCCUGAAUUUCAAGGGAAUGCACAGAUUUUUGACAUGGACAUAGCCCAAUUUCCAGAUGGUUUCUCACCCAAGUCCUGCAAAGUUCAAUCUGGCAGCUGGGUGGCUUAUGACGCAGAGAAUUUCACUGGUAACCAAUAUGUACUCGAGGAGGAAACCUAUCCUGAUUUGAUCAUGAUGGGAUGUACAAAGGGUGACUGUAUAAAAUCUGUGAAGAGAGUAGAUUUUUGCUUUUCUAUUCCAGCAAUAAUUCUGUUUGCAAGGGAGAAAUUUCAAGGAAAGAAAAUUGAAUUGGUUUCAGAAAUGCGGAAUCUGGCUUUGCAAGGAUACAAUAAUCAUAUCUUUUCUGUCAAAGUUAAUGGUGGCAUAUGGGUGGCUUAUGAAUGCGGCAACUAUCAAGGACGUCAAAUUUUGCUACAGCCCUGUCAGAUAUCUAACUGGCGUCAGCACACUGGAUGGCACAGGAUUGGUUCUCUACGCCCUUUGCCUCAGAGUCGAGUGUAUUUUCGGAUACGAAACAGAGCUACUGGAACAUUCAUGACGUUUGACGGAGACUUGAAUGAAAUCCACAUGGUACGCGUGCAAGCGUUAGAAAGCACAGGAAUGGAUGACCAAAUCUGGUUCUACCAAGAUGGAUUUAUCAAAACCAAGAGGAAGAUGGAGAAAACUUCCAGAAAUGUAAUGGAGCCAAGGAACAAGUGA